AUGGAGACGACCGACAGGGACGCACGUCAGUUGAGAAGGAUGGAGAGUGAUACAGGUGGAGCUGCAAGCGUCCACGAGGUGAAGCUGCAAAGAGCCAGGAACUGUCACAGAUUCUGCAAACACACGCCCUUCCCAUUUGCAAUGAAGGAAAGAGUAGAGAUAGAGCUCAAAAGGCUGGAGGAAGCUAAUAUUAUAUCUCCAGUAAAGCAUAAUGACUGGGCAGCACCGAUAGUCCCGGUGGUAAAGAAGGAUCAGUCACUUCGCCUCUGUGGUGAUUAUAAGGUGUCAGUUAAUCAGGGACUUGAAACAGACACCUACCCCUUACCUCGCUUAGAAGAGCUUUUAGCUACCCUUAGUGGAGGUAAGAUUUUCUCUGAGAUUGAUUGAGCAGCAGCUUAUCAGCAAGUUUUGCUAGAUGAUGACUCCAAGAAAUACACUACCAUCAACACCCAAAGAGGGCUGUUUGUGUAUAACAGACUUCCUUUUGGGAUCAGUUCCACUCCCUCGAUCUUCCAGUGGAUUAUGGAAAACAUAAUGAAAGACUUGCCUGUGGUAGUUUUCCUUGAUGAUCUUCUCAUUAUGGGACGUUCGGAGGAAGAUCACUUCCACAACCUUCAGAGGGUCCUGCAACGCUUACAGGAAAAUGGACUACGAGUGAAACGCUCAAAGUGUGAGUUUGGGAAAACUCAGCUCGAGUAUUUGGGUCUCGUUCUGGACAAGCGUGGCAUUCGCCCUUCAGAGGAAAAGGUGAGAGCAAUACAAGAGGCCCCUGCACCGACCAAUGUUAAGGAGCUACAAGCUUUCUUGGGUCUUUUGAACUAUUAUGGGAGAUUUUUGCCCCAGCAGAGCACAGUGUUGGCACCAAUGUACAGACUUCUCAGGGGAAAUGUAGUUUGGAAAUGGACUGAGGCAGAACAGUCUGCUUUUGUGAAGUGCAAAGGCCUGUUGAUGAGUGGCCAGGUUUUAGCACACUAUGAUCCCAGUCUUCCACUCACUCUAGCAUGCGAUGCCUCUGCAUAUGGCAUUGGAGCAGUGAUCCAACACACCACAGCAAAUGGGGAGGAGAGACCAAUCGCUUAUGCUUCCCGCACAUUGUCUCCAGCAGAGAAAAUAUAUUCUCAACUAGACAAGGAAACUCUUGAACUGAUUAAUGGUGUAAAGAAAUUCCACCAGUAUUUGUGGGGUAGACAUUUUACAUUAGUCUCUGACCAUCGCCCCCUUUGGACACUUUUUGGCGAGCACAAGAGUCUACCUACAUUGGCUGCUGCACGCAUUCAGCGGUGGGCAAUUAUACUGUCAGCGUAUGACUACAACAUUGUCUAUCGUAAGUCAGAAGAGCACAGUAUUGCUGAUGGACUCUCCCAGCAAGGUUGUGUCCUUUGGGGGACCAGAGUCAUUGUACCCUCAAAAAUGAGAAAAGCAGUGUUAGAGGAAAUUCACUCAGGGCACCAAGGUAUAGUGAAGACUAAAGCUCUUGCUCAAAACUUUGUAUGGUGGCCAAAUCUUGACUCAGACAUGGAGCAAAUGUGUAAAGAAUGUGAAACAUGUCAGAUUAAGCAAAAAAUGCCUCAACACGUUCCACAAAACCCAUGGGAGUUUCCAGGUGAGUCCUGAAAAAGACUUCAUUUGGACUUUGCCGGACCUUUUCUGAACAGCAUGUUCCUGAUUGUGGUGGAUGCUUAUACAAAGUGGUUGGAAGUGUUUUGGAUGUCACAAAUCACUUCGCAGGCUACUGUAUCAAGGCUGAGGAGACUGUUUGCCUCCUAUGGAUUGCCAGAGCAAAUUGUUACAGACAACGCCACCAGUUUCACUUCUGAAGAGUUUCAGACCUUUGUCGAGCAGAAUGGGAUUCUGCACGCAACCAGUGCCCCUGGGCAUCCAGCGACAAAUGGUCAGGCCGAGAGAUAUGUCCAGACUUUUAAAACAGGUAUGAAAAGGCUUGCCAACACAACUGUGAACAUUGAUGACAGACUGUCUCUGUUCUUGUUGCAAUAUCGGACGACACCAAACUGCACAACAGGACAGUCUCCAGCAGAUCUGUUUUUACACAGGCAUGUCCGUACCAGGAUUUCCUGA